AUGGCGCCUAUCCCGCUGACCUGGAAUGAAGCGCUGUCGGGCGUCUUCGGUAGCAUCUCGCUCGCCGCGUGGAUCUUCCUGCUCCUCCCACAGCUCAUCGAGAACUACCAGCAGGGCCAUGCCGACGGCAUCAGCAUCACCUUCCUCUGCAUCUGGUUUGUCGGCGACAUCACCAACCUUGCAGGUGCUCUGUGGGCUGGCCUGGUCCCCACGGUCGUCGCGUUGGCCGUCUACUUCUGCAUUGCCGACCUGGUGCUCAUCGCGCAAUGCCUCUACUACUUGAGAAUCAAGAAGCGCACGGAGGAGAAGGGGGAAAGGGCACGCGAGCACGCCAACGGAGCGCCAGCGGAAUCCGAGCACACUCCCCUCUUGAACGGCGACGUGAACAAAUCGCCGCAGUCAAGGCCCCGCCGCCGACUCACCGACGUUACCGAUGAGAACCUGGGCCUGCCUGGGAGCAGAAGGGUCAGCAACUCCAGUCUUCGCCGUCAGCCUUCCCAUGAGAAUCGCACCGGUCUUCCUCUGAUCGACGAAGAGCCCACGCGCACUCGCACCGCGAUCAAGAACAUCCUCUCCAUCUUGGGGGUCAUGGCAGUCGGCGCCGCCGGGUGGGCAAUAGCGUGGAAGGCAGGAGCCUGGAGACCAACGCCGGUGGGGCAAGAAGAGGGAGGAGAGCCGACUCCAAUCGGUGCCGAGAUACUCGGAUACAUCAGUGCCAUCUGCUAUCUCGGCGCGCGCAUUCCGCAGAUCAUCAAGAACCAGCGCGAGAAGUCGUGCGAAGGCUUGAGUCUGCUCUUCUUCUUGCUCAGUUUGAUGGGCAACCUGACAUACGGCGCCGGGGUGAGUGAUUUGAACGUCGAAGGGGUGAAACUCAGCUGAUUCGUAUGAUAGAUCCUUUUCCAUUCCGUCGAGAGACAGUACAUUCUCACCAACCUGCCCUGGCUCAUUGGAUCUCUCGGCACCAUCGCGGAGGACGCCAUCAUCUUCAUACAGUUCCACGUGUUUGGCGAGAAAGAGGGUGGAGCCGUAGUAUGA